AUGGCGGAAAACCUCCAGAUGCCUGCUAUUUCCAACCCAGACGAGAAUGCAGGGCCGAGGAUCUUGGGGGCCGUCGCGACAGUGACAGCCUUGGCCUUUAUUAUCGUCAUCAAGCGGUUUUAUGUGCGAAUUGUUAUGAUCCAUAACCUUGGUUGGGAUGACGCACUCAUGGCCCUUACGAUGAUCACCUCUCUAGUUGGCUUCGGGUUUGUUGUUGCUCAGGUUCGCCAUGGCGCUGGUCAACAUAGAGGAGAGUUGAAUGACGCAACGUACUCGCGGGGGAUGAAGCUCAAUUUCAUCGCUCAACCUAUAUAUUUGUUUGCCAUUUGCUUCGUGAAAUUGUCUGUUGGGGCGUCGUUGCUCCGGAUAGCCACUACCAAGUUCUACCGUUACCUUAUCCUUUUUAUCAUGGGAUUCAUGCUAUUCUAUACUAUUGGCUGCUUUUUUACCAUUAUCUUCCAGUGUACCGAUAUUCGCGUGAUAUGGGACCCGACCGUUCCCUCUGUCUGUUGGGAUACGAGGACGCUACAAGCACUGAGUUAUCUCAACGUCUCAUUGAAUGCCACCACCGACCUCCUUUUCGCCAUCAUCAUCCCUACGCCGAUGCUAUGGAAGCUUAACGUACACCGCCGUACACGGAUCACACUGAUAGGAAUCCUUGGCUUGGGUGUCUUUGCCUGUGCCGCUGCCUUUGUCAAGGUUGGAUACCUAAUCAACUACGGAAGAAAUGGAGAUUUUCUUUGGGAUUCUCGGGAUAUCACGAUCUGGACAGCAACAGAGCUGAAUAUCGGAAUCAUCGCCGGCUCUCUCCCCUGUCUACGUCCUCUCUUCAGACAGUUCUUAGGUAGCACAUACGGCAAGCGCUCACUCAAGAGUGCGACUACAGCAACCACCCCCGCACACGGAACGAUAAAGGGAAGCAAAUGGAAGUCCUUGGGGAGCAGGGUGCAGGGCAAGGACGACCUACGGCACCAGACAAGCAGCCAAGAAGCUAUCAAUACCACGUUUACCCCGGAGGAGUUCGAGCUUCAUGAACGU